AUGUCGGCGCCUAACAGCGAGAAGAAGCUCGAAAUUCCUAUGGGCUCAGUGACUACCCACGAGGAGGGCGUCGUUGAGCAUGUUCACUUGGGAUACAAUGCGCAGCUUACGAAGAACCGGUCACUCAUCUCUGUUCUGGGGAUGUGCCUUGCCAUUGUGGCAGUGCCCUAUGGUAUCGGCGGCCCCUUGAUGAGCGCCAUAUACGGUGGUGGCCAACUCUCCAUCUUCGUUGGCGUGUUGGUUGUGCUCGUCUUCAAUGGCUGCGUUGCCAUCUCGCUCGCAGAGCUGGCAUCACGAUAUCCGACAUCAUCUGGUGUAUACUACUGGUCGUAUAGACUCUGCGGCGAGCGCAAAAGGACACGCAAGAUAGUGUCGUUUCUAACCGGCUGGUUCUGGCUCAUCGGAAAUUGGACGAUUGCACUUUCUGUUAAUUUCGGUUUCGCUUCCCUCAUCGCUGCGACGGUGUCGAUUUACAACCCAAGUUGGGUGGCGUCAGACUGGGAACUGCUGCUCAUCUUCUAUGCGCUAUGCGUGUUGGUUUUCCUUGUCUGUUCGUUUGGGGAUAAACUGCUGCCGUACGUGGACUCCGUAGCCGCAGUAUGGAACUUCGUCACCAUCAUCGCACUAUUAGUCGCUCUGUCGGUCCGCGCACAACAAGGCCGGCAUUCGCCCUCAUAUGCGCUUGGGAACUACGAUAGCAGUUUCUCAGGCUGGGGUACCGGCUUUACGUUUUUCAUUGGACUCCUGCCACCAGCUUACGCAUUCUCUGCUAUUGGUAUGGUAACAUCCAUGACAGAAGAGUGCGCCCAGCCCGAAGUCGAAGUUUCUCGCGCCAUCGCCCUCUGCAUACCCUUCGGCGGUCUCGCUUCGCUGCUCUUCGUCCUACCUUUGUGCUUCACGCUACCGCCGCUCGAAGACAUCCUCAACGCACCUUACGGCCAAGCUUUACCAUACAUCAUAUAUUCCAUUAUGGGCUCAAAAACGGGGGCAUUGAUUCUGAUGAUCAUGAUCCUAUUCGUUACGCUCUUCUGCGCCAUCGCAAUAACAACCGCUGCUUCACACUGCACAUGGGCGUUCAGUCGCGACAAUGCGCUUCCCCUCGCUAGCCUCUGGACACGCACCGUUGCCGACCGACCCAUUUACUCCCUCACGCUUGUCACAGUCAUCGAGAUGCUGCUCGGUUUGAUCAACCUCGGUUCCAGCAGCGCUUUUACUGCUUUCGCGUCCGUAGGCGUCAUUGCGCUAGCCAUUGGGUAUCUCAUUCCUAUCGCCAUCUCUCUCUUUACCGGGAGAAAGGAAGUAGCGCAUGCAAAAUGGAACGUCGGUAGCCAGCUCGGCACCACAGCGAACAUUGGUGCCAUCGUAUGGAUUCUCUUUGAGCUGGUCUUGUUCAGUAUGCCGACUGCACUUCCUGUUACGGAAGUCUCUAUGAACUACGCUAGUGUUGUGCUGGUUGGUUUUGCGUGUUUGAGCGCGCUGUGGUAUGCGGUUUCUGGUAGAAAAAAGUUUAAGGGUCCACCUGAUGAGGUCAACAAUACUUACUGA